AUGGACUCUACUUCAAUAAAAUACCAUAAAAGUAAAGAUGAAAGAGAAGAUGUACAAAAGAAGACAUUUACUAAAUGGAUAAAUUCACAAUUGUCUAAGGCUAAUCAUCCAUUGAUAAAUGAUUUAUUUGAAGACUUACGUGAUGGAUCAUCAUUAUUAUUAUUGUUAGAAGUAUUGAGUGGUCUUUCUUUGGGUAAAGAAAAGGGAAGACUGCGUGUACAUCAUAUUAAUAAUAUUAGUAGAGUAUUGUAUAUUUUAGAGCAUAACUACAAUAUAAAAUUUAUCAAUAUAUGUAGUAAUGAUAUUGUCGAUGGAAAUCCCAAGCUGACAUUAGCCUUAGUUUGGCUAAUUAUAUUACAUUGGCAGGUCAAGGAUAUAAUGAGGAAUGUUUUACAAGAUUUAAAACAGACCAAUUUAGAGAGAACCUUAUUAGCAUGGUGUCAACAGUCUACCCAAGGUUAUGAAAAUGUAAGCAUAGAUAAUUUUACUAGAAGUUGGCAAGAUGGAAAUGCAUUUAAUGCUUUAAUACAUCAUUACAGACCAGAGCUGUUUAACUAUAAAUCUCUACGCAAUAAAACCAGUCAGGAAAAAUUAGAUCAUGCCUUUUCCAUUGCUGAAAAACAUCUAAAUAUUUACAGACUGCUAGAUCCUGAAGAUUUACAGAAUCCAGAUAAAAAAUCACUGAUGACAUAUUUAAUGUGUUUCUUCCAAGUAUUACCUCAUACAAAUCUAGUUAUUGAAGGAAUUACUCAGAAAGAAAAUACUUCAAAUCUACGUUCCCCUCCUCCUGUCUUACCAAAGAGAAAGAAAAUGUCAAGUGGUGAACCUCAGUCCAGUAGAUGUAGUACUGCCUCAGUUCAUCUGUUACAAUACCAAGAUGGACUAGAGAAUGUACUAGCAUGGUUACUGGCUGCAGAAGAAACUAUAGAGAACCAAGAACCUAUACAUACACAAGUUUCUAUAGUUAAACAACAAUUUAAUAAACAUGAGGAGUUUAUGUUAGAUUUAACAGAACAUCAAGAUAAUAUUGGUAGUGUAUUAAAAGAAGGCAAUGAUUUAAUCAAUGAUACUAGAGUCAGUGAAGAAGAAAAAGAUGAAAUCCAUGUUCAAAUGGAACUACUCAAUAAACGCUGGGAAUCUUUACGUCAGAAAUCAUUGGAAAGACAAACUAGGCUUCAGAAGUUGUUAAUGACAUUGCAACAUGAACAAUUAGAAGAACUCUCUAAAUGGUUAAGUUGGAUGGAAAAUCAUAUAAAAACACAUGAUACGAUUGGUACAGAUUUAAAGACAAUACAAAACCAGAUAGAAACACACAAGAAAAUUCAAGAUGCUGUAGAAAAGGAACAAGAUAUUGUGGAUAGUCUACAGAAUAUGGUAGUUGUUAUAGAUGAUGAGAACUCACAGGAAGUUUGUGAUAAGAUGGAGAAAGAGCUAGAAUUACUUGGAAAGAGAUGGAGUAAUAUUUGUCAUUGGACAGAAGAACAAUGGAUACUACUACAAGAUGUCUUGUUAAAAUGGCAACAUUUUAAUAGUGAACAACUGCAGUUCUCUAAUUGGUUAGCAUCUAAAGAGCAGGUAUUGAAAGCUAUGUCUAAAGCUGAUUUAAGUAAACCAGAACAGGUUGAACAUCAAGUCAGAGAACUUAAGUUGAUAGAACAUGAUAUGGUUGAACAAGUAGCUAGAUUUGAUAAUUUAAAUGUUUGUGGUCAAGCCAUAGUUGAAAAAGUGAAUAGUAAAGAAGUUAUGGAAGAAAUUAGUGGUCAAUUGGAAAUUUUACAAAUAAGAUGGGAACAGCUAGUUCAACAAAUGGAACUACAGAGUAAAGAGAUUGCUAACUCUGGUGUAGAACUUUCUAAAGAUUUAGAUUCAACAGAUUUUGUGAAAGCUGUUAAUGUACCACAACAAUCUGCACAGAAAACUGGCAAUAUAUUAGAUUUUGAGAAGAAAUUGAGAGAAUUGAAUGAUUGGUUUGAUCGUAUUGAAGGUACCCUACAAUUACUAACUUCUACUGAGGGCCAGCAACAAUUUACAGAAGAGGAAAAAAUGGUUUUAGUUCUGGAUGUUGAGAAAGAUUUUGAAGAACACAAAGGAGAAAUUAAGCAAGCAAUAGAUCUUGGUGAAGCUGCAGUUUCAGAUUUAAAAAAGGAUAAAGCUAUGUUAGAUUUAGGAUCAGAAACAUCGUCAGCCAUGAAUAAAUUAGAAAACAGGUGGAAAGAGUUAACUACUAAUCUCACUCAGACAAAACGUCAUAUAGAAUCUAAUAUGAGCAGUAGAAAAUGGUACAACGAACUAGAUGAUUUACAGAAGAUAUUAUCAAGCUAUGAAUUAUGGCUAGAAAAUAAUUCCCAAAUUCCUAGUGACAGUACUGAGGUGAAGAAGAUUCUAGAUCAGUGCAAGGUCAAAUUGAAAGCAAUGAAAAAUCAUGACUCCAGAAUUGAGAAACUACAUAAUGAAGCCAAUAAUUUUGGAACAGAAUCGAAAAUGAUGCUGGAUUAUGGAGUAUUUAAGGCUUCGUGGGAUUUGACUUAUGAAAGAAUGGGUUUAAACUUGACUGCUCUAGAGAAAUAUAUGGAGAAAACACCACCUAAGUCAUAUGUUGAUGCUAUGCAAGCUUUAUUAAAAUGGAUAUGUGAUAUGGAGAACAUUUUAAAAGGAGAGAAAGUCAAAAUAACUGAUGUAGAAUCAACAGAAAAACAACUUGCUCAAUAUAAAGAAUAUCAAAGUGAUGUUCGAGGUCAUCAAGCUAGCAUAAACUAUAUACAGCAAACUGGUACGGAACUUAUUAAGAAUUCACCAGAACAAAUAGCAACAAUAAAUAAAGAUUUAGAUAAUAUUAAUAGUCAUUGGAGAAAUAUAUCUACUACUAUUAAUGAAAGACUUACACAGUUAGAAAAAUCUUUGGCUCAGCAACGUCUUUUUCAGAAUCAAAUGCAAGGACUGAUUUGUUGGAUGGAUGAAAUGGAUGUAUUUUUACAUGCUGAAGAUCCUUUAAUAGGUGAUCUACCAACAUUAGAAGCACAAUUACAUGAGAGCAAUGGUGUAACAGAAGAUAUUGUUACCUUAAAACAGAAUAUAACCAACGUUAAUAAUAUCAGCAAGUCAAUUGGUGAGAACAUGGAAACAGCUUAUCAGGAGAAGCUGAAUACUCAAGUCAGUGAGCUGAAUAAGAACUGGGAGAUGACUAUUAAACUAGCUAAAGAACAGAAUGAAAGAUUAAAAGAAAAGAUUAUUAAGAGUAAUAAGAUGUAUGAUAAUAUAGAUGAAUUAAUAGAGUGGUUAGAGAAUAUAAAAGAAACAUUAUCUAAUAAAGAUUAUUCUAUUAAAACAUUGGAAGAUUUAACUACAGAAAAUAUCAGGUUUAAGAAUUUAAAGAAUGAACUACAGAAAAGAGAAAGUGAAUUAAAUGAGAUUAAUGAAGACACAAAUGAUCAGCUCAGUUUAGCUGGAACUGGUACAUUACAAGAAUUAGCUAGAUCCUUGAUGAAAUUAAAUCUAUUAUGGACAGAAGUCAAUCAAAGAGUAGAUAGAUAUUCCAAUAUUUACCAAUCUUCAGAGACUCAUUGGCACCAAUUUGAAGAUGUGUUGAUAAGAUCUCAAGAUAUUAUUGAAAAUGAAGAAAGAUAUCUAAACAGUCUUCAGAAAUUAGUAUCCACUACUAAAUUAACUAGUUCUGAUGCUGAAGAUAUAUCUGAAGAACUCAAUGCUAUAGAAACAGUUAUUAAGAACCAUGAUACAAGUGAAAGAGAGACCUUGACUGCUAUUUACAAUGAAUUAAUUAAUAAUUCCAUUAUGGUAGAUUCUGUUCAGAAACAAUAUCAGGAUAUUACAAAAAGAUCAGAAACUCUAGAAGUUGAGGCUAAAAGUAAAAUGGAGCAGUUAGAACAGAAUAUUAAUAGAGCUCAGAACAUAGAGCGAAAAAUGUUAGAGAUGACACAAUGGAUGUCAGAUAUAUCUCAACAUUUACAACUACGUCUAGAUGCUGAUAUAUUAGCUGGUGACAAUCCAGAAGAAUUUGAGACUUUAAAGAGAGAGUUCGCAGAAGAAGAAAAACUACUGGAAGAACUAGAAGAAAGUAGUAAAAAAUAUAAAUUACAAGGUAAAGAAGAAGCUGGACAAAGACUGGAACAACAGACUACACUUUUAAAGAAACAUUUCGCUGAUGUAACACUGAAGUUUCGAAAGUUCCAGCGUCCGACUAAUUUUGACCCUAAAUUGAGUCAUGUUAAAAGGGAGAUGGAUAAUAUCCAAGAUAGAUCAUAUAUGUUAGAGGUACCCAACUUUAACCCUUCAGAUAUCACAGAUAGACAUGAACAAUGUAUGACGUUCUAUAGAACAUUAAGUGAAUUAAAGAGUGAAGUAGAAUAUGUUAUUAAAACUGGGCGGCAUGUGGUGGAUAAAAAACAAGUAGAUUUUCCUGAUAAACUAAACAAGCAAUUAGACGCAAUAAAGAAACAGUAUAAUGAUUUGGGAGCACAGGUUACUCAAGGAAAAGUCAAUUUAGAAAAAGCGUUGAAGUUAAGUAAGAAGUAUAAGAAAGAGCAUCUGUUAAUAGAAGAAUUUAUUAAAGUAAAUUUGGCAAAAUUAGAAGAAAAGAAAAAAUUGGAUACGGUAGAAGUUGAUCAAGAAAAAAAAUUCAUUCAGCAAUUAGAAAUUGAUAUAAUAAAACAUCAGCCUGUAUUGACAUCUAUAAGUGAUUCUGUACAUUUAAUGAAAGAUAUGGUAGCAGAUGAAGGGGAGGUCAAUCUUGCUGUUGAAGCAAAUAGCCAAUUGAAUAUGGACUGGUCAGCAUUAUCAAUUCAAGUAGCUGAAUGGAAAGAACAUAUUCAGCAAGAAGAGGGUAAACUAGAUGGAAUAUUUAUUGAGUUUCAAACCAAGAUCAUGGCAUUAAAAGAUUGGUUAAGUCUAUGUGAAGGGAAAGUUGGUCAAAACAAGAAAUUACAUAUUAAAGAUAGAUAUACACAGGAACAGGCCAAGAUUAUGAAGAAUAUAGAAUGUGAUGUCAAUGAUCAUAAAAGUGAUAUUGAUGAAGUAAGAAUAUCAGCUAUUUGUUUGAUGAGUAAAAGUGACCAGUAUAGUAAAAUGGUAGAACCUGAAUUAACUCAUCUAAAUCAAAGAUGGCAGGAUUUAUCAGAGUCAUUACAAAUAUUUGAUGAAGAAAUGAAAAAGGUUUACCUUCAUGUUGAGGGAGUGAAAACCAGUCAAGAAGAAUUGUUACGACUUAAAGCCACACAAGAACCAGAUAUAAAACCACAACAAACCAGUUUAAUCCAGUCUUCCCGUACCCUAGAUAGCAAUAGUGUAAAUACUUCCUAUCAAACCACAUCAUUGUCUUCCAACAUCACAGAUUCAUCACAAUUCCUUAACCAACUCAGUCAAGUACAACUACAGCAAGAACAGAUGAAGAAAAAACUUUCGGAAAUCUCAGAAGGUAGCAGCAAUACUAGUCUAACCCAAGUUGAGCAAUAUUUAAAGAUCACAAAUGGCCAAAUAAACCAAGAAUCAAGCAAAAUAAAAGAAUUAGAAGCAAUGAAAUCAGAAGCAAUGAAAAUGGCCACUCCUGAAGAAAGGACACAAAUUUUACAUUUGGUGCCAUUAGUUAAUCGUGAACAGUCACAAAUAUUGAGUACUUACCAGAAACUUAAUGGAAGAUAUUGGCGUACAGUAAUGGAAAAAUGGGGUGUAUUCCAGAAUGAUUCUAUGUCAUUAUUAAACUGGUUAAACGACACAGAACAAAAAUUAUCUGAAAAUCAUAAUGGCAACAGGGCAGAAAAUUAUUUAAAACCAAUAGAAGAAGAUAUAAGUAAUCAACAAGCCAAGAUAGAGAGUAUCAAUGCAAUAGGUAACGAUAUCAUGAACCAGACGGUUACACUAGAUACCAGUAACCAAUUAAUACAACACAAACUACAAGAAAUUAACGAGAAAUGGAAGAAGAUUUGUACAGAAACCGUGAGUCAAAGAUUAGAAGAAGAUAGUGUGAAAUCCAAUGAAUUUACAGAAGAAAUGGAUGAAUUAUUUUUUUGGAUUGAUGAAACAGAAAAUGUUCUCAGUUCUACCCUCCGUCCAGAAUCACAAUAUUUAGAAGAUCUUUUAGAAAAAAUAAAGGAUCGAGAAGAAGAGAUCAAGUCUAAAGAAGAAUCUAUAGUAACUAUUAAUAAGAGUGCUAAGAAAAUGUUAAAAGAAGAAUGUUUAACUACACAAGAUAAAGAGAAUAUUGGUAAAGAUAUUGAAAACCUUAAUUCAAGAUGGGGCAAGGUACGAAGUGAAAUACCCAACUCUAUUGGUGCUAUACAAACAUAUUUAAAAAGAUUGAAAGAAUAUAAGAGUCAAACUGAUGAUUUGAGAAAAUGGAUGAAUGAAAUAUUAGAAAGAUUACAAACUGAUGAUAAACAAAAUAUUAAUAAAUAUAAUUUACAGAAUAUUGAUGAAACAUUAGCAGCUGGUCAAGUUAAUGUGAACAGUGUAAAAGAAGCAUAUCAACAAUAUGUAUCUGAAUGUCAACACCAGAAAAUAGAAAUACCACAAACUAUAGUUACUCAAUAUGAAGCUCUUCUUAAAGACUGGGCUAAAAUUACUCAUCUUAGAUCUAAAAUAAAACCUGUAGAGGAGAAGAUUAUAGAAAAAACCACCUCAGAAACACAAAAGACCGUAAAUAAACCCAAAUCUACAUCAGUUUGGUGUGAGAUAGAAGAAAAUAUAGAUGAACAGAGAGACUGGUUAACAUUAUUAGAUAGAAUGCAUAAAUCACAGAAAGUUACUGUUGGUGAUGUCAGAGAUAUAGAACAAACCAUUGUUAAACAGAAGUCAAUAUUGAUGGAUGUAGAAAAUCGCUGUACACAAAUAGAACAGUUGAAUGAUAAAGUACAACAGUUGAGUACCAGUUCUAAAAAAGAACUUGAAAAAGAAAAGAGUAAUUUAACAGAUAAAGUAAACAAGUUGUUAUCACAAUGUAGUAAUGGUGUUUAUCAAACAAAGAAACGUAAAACACAGUUAGAUGAUAUGUUAUUAGAAUGUAGACAGUUUGAUGAAAGUUAUGCUGAGUUUGAACGCUGGUUAUCUGGGGUUGAAGAAGAUUUAGAUAGUCAUCCAUUUCAACCUCAAACUGCUGAAAAGGUCGACCAACUUCUUCAAAAACAUAAGAGAAUGCAAGAUGAAGUAAACCAACAGAAUGCAUCAUUAGAAAAUUUACAACAUUUAGCUACUAAAUUAAUAGAAGAUUAUAGUACAGAUGAUACCAGACAAAUAACAUUACAGAAAGAAAGAUUAACAAAUAGAUGGGCUACUCUAUUAAACAGACUCAAUAAUGUAUGGAAAUUAUUACAAAAUAACAGAAACUCUCUACAACAUUUUGAUACAAGUUUACAAGAAUUUAAUUCAUGGAUGAAGGGAGUAGAGAAAAGUUUUGAAAGUUUAUCAAAAGAAACUGAAAAGAGUGAAGUUUUACAGAAUGAAGAAUUAUGUAAAGAAUACUUAGAACAGUUUCGUGAUUUACAAACAGAAGUUGAUUGUCAUCAGAGUGUAUAUGAAUCAUUAAAUAGUAAUGGUAAUAUAACUGAUAAUAGAACAUCUACUAUGUCAACUGAUUUAGAUAAUAUUAAUAAAAGAUGGCUAGCUGUAUUAACUAAAUCACUGGAAAUCAGAAAUCGUUUAGAGAGUAGUGCUGAACAAUGGGCACAUUUAGUACGUACACAGGAAGACUUAAUAACCUGGAUAGAUCAGAGACAGGAGGAAUUAAACCAACAACAACCAGUAGGAGGUGAUCUUACUAGUGUACAACGACAGUUAGCUGAAAACCAGAAAUUAUUGGAGAAAUUAGAAUUAAAGAAACAUGUUGUUAAACAGAUAUUAGAAACCGGAAGAUUUUAUCUAUCUGAAGAAUUUACUGGUAAUCGUAAUCAAUCUAAGAUCAAUGAUAAUGAUGAUGAGAAAAGUUUUAUAUUAAAUAAGAUGUGUGAGAAAGUUAAAACAUUAGAUCAGAAAUGGAAAGAUAUUAAUGAUAACAGUAGAAAAUGGCAGAGUAAAUUAGAAGAAGUACAUGAGAAAAUGAGCGUGUUUCACGAUAGUAUGGAUGAUCUAGAUGAUCAUUUAAAAGAGGCUGAAAGCAAGAAAACUAAUUGGCAACCAGUUGGUGAUAUUAUUAUAGAAAAUUUAAAAACUGAGAUUGACAAUGUAAAAAGUUUUCAACAACAAAUUGUACCACUACAAGGUGAAGUUGAUAAUUUAAAUGAUUUAGGUAAUGAAUUACAAUCUAGUGAAGUUGUAUUAUCACAUGUUAAUGUUAGAAGAAUGGAAGAUUUAGCUACAAGGUGGAAGGCUUUACAAAUUUCUAUUGAAGACAGAUUAAAACAAUUACAAGAUGCUUUUAGAGAUUUCGGUCCGAAUUCACAACAUUUUUUGUCAGUGUCAGUCGAAAGUCCAUGGGAAAGAACAGUAUCUGGUAAUAAAGUACCAUACUAUGUAGAUCAUUCAACAGAAACUACUCAUUGGGAUCAUCCUGCUAUGUCAGAUUUAAUUUUUGCUCUGAAUGAUUUAAAUGAAAUUAAGUUUGCAGCUUAUAGAACAGCUAUGAAAUUCAGAAUGCUUCAGAAGAAAAUUUGUCUGGAUUUAGUAGCUAUGACAGUUUGUAUAGAAGCAUUUGAACGUCAUGGUUUACGUGGUAAAAAUGAUAAAUUAAUGGAUAUAUUAGAAGUUAUUAACUGUAUAACUACUAUGUUUGAAGUGGUUGCUGAGGAACAUCCUAAUAUAGUCAAUGUUCCUCUCAGUGUUGAUUUAGUCUUGAAUUGGCUUCUUAAUGUAUAUGACAUAUCAAGAAGUGGGUUUAUUCGAGUUUUAUCAUUUAAAAUAGCUAUUAUUGUAUUAUGUAAAGGACAGUUAGAAGAUAAAUAUAGAUAUUUGUUUCGAUUAAUUGCUGAUACUAAUGGUUUAGCUGAUCAACGUAAACUAGGUUUACUAUUACAUGAUAUAAUACAAUUACCUAAACAGUUAGGUGAAGUAGCAGCUUUUGGUGGAAGUAAUAUCGAACCAAGUGUCAGAAGUUGUUUUGAAAAGGCAAAUAAUGUAAAUGAAAUCCAAGCAUCUAAUUUCUUAGAUUGGUUAAAACUAGAACCCCAGUCUAUAGUAUGGUUUCCUGUAUUACAUAGAGUAGCAGCUGCAGAAACUGCUAAACAUCAAGCCAAAUGUAAUAUAUGUAAAGAUUUUCCAAUUGUUGGCUUCAGAUACCGGUGUUUGAAGUGUUUUAAUUAUGAUAUGUGUCAGAAUUGUUUCUUGUCUGGUAGAAAAAGUCGAUCACAUAAACUUUCACAUCCUAUGCAAGAAUACUGUACAGCUACCACAUCAGGUGAAGAUAUGAGAGAUUUUAGUAAAGUAUUUCGUAAUAAGUUUAAAACUAAGAAACAUUUUAAACAACAUAAAAGAUUAGGUUAUUUACCUGUACAGACUGUAUUAGAAGGAGAUAGUUUAGAAAGUCCAUCACAAUCACCAAAUCACAGUAUAUCACAAGAUAUGCAUCUACGCUUAGAGUUAUAUGCUAACAGGUUAGCAGAAGUUGAACAGAGACAAGAUAAAGCACCAGAAGUAGAUGAAGAACAUAAUUUAAUAGCACAAUAUUGUCACAGUUUAACAGGUGAUUCCUCCAAGAGUCAGGCAUUAAAAAGUCCAAUGCAGAUAAUGUUAGCUGUAGAUGUAGAUCAGAAGUCACAAUUAGAAGAUUUAAUUAAAGAAUUAGAAGAAGAAAACAGAGGUUUACAAGCUGAAUAUGAAAGAUUACGUCUGGUGUCUAAAGAUGGUAUAUCUCUACGAUCUGAUGAUGACAGUCAAAUAUGUCAUGAUGAAGAAAUGAUGGCAGAAGCCAAAUUAUUACGUCAACAUAAAGGUAGACUUGAAUCUAGAAUGGGUAUAUUAGAAGAUCAUAACAGGCAGUUAGAAGCUCAACUUGAAAGAUUAAAGUUAUUAUUAGAUGAGCCUUACCAACAUGAUACCAGAUUAAUGGCUCAUUCUAUGAAUUCAUCCCCCUCUCCAUCAUCUUCACACAGUUCAUUAUCAUAUAAUGCUGGUAAUAAAAAUAUACGACAUAAACCACAACUGGAUCCUAGUAAUUCUACAGCUGCAGGUUCAAAGAAUGUGGGUAAUUUAUUCCAUAUGGCAGGCCAGGUAGGAAAGGCUGUAGGAUCUUUAGUUACUGUAAUGACAGAUGAAGAUGGCAACCAGAUUAACGAGAAAUAUAUUUAA